CGGCCGGGUGGGACAUGUCUAAAAAGGAGGGGGCGUUAUUUGCUUUUCCUGCUCAUAUUGGGGAGGGAGAAAGGCGCGUUUGUUUUGUUACGCCGCUGCCAGGACCAGGCAAGGCGGCUCGUCACUUUGAAGUGCUGCUGCUCCAGCCUCCCGGUUCAGUUGGUGUUGGAGUCGCCUACAGGAGAGACCUGCGGUGCGGCACGGCAGUCUGAAAGCGACCCGGGAGGAGGGGAGAAAAAAAAGGAAUAAGGAGGGAAUAGAGAGAGAAAAAAAACAUAUUUUUUUCCCCCGCUGCAGUUUUACGUCCCUGGGCCGCAUUUGGACGCCAGCAGCUUGGAUUAUACGCGCUUUUUUUUUGUCUGUGUGGAGUUUAAUUUGCAGAGGGGGGAAACGGAACUCGUGGAUCGAUGAGAGAAGACGGGCAGCCUGAGAGAAGCCCCCCUGCCGACAUAAGAGAGUGAGGAGAUUACAGUAGGAGCUCAGAGGAGGCGAUCAGCGCACAGGCUCCCCUCUCUCUCUCUCUCCCUCUCUCUCCCUUCGCUCUGUCUCCUGCUGCUCUCAGAGACAUGAGCCGGCCGCUCAUGGACCACAUCGUCGCCAGCAGUUUCCGCGAAGAUGCCCCUCGACCCCCUGUGCCAGGGGAGGAGGGCGACGCGCCGCGCUACCCCAGCAAAGCCGCAGCGAUGAAGCCCCCCGGAGCCUCCAAAGCCGCCGUGCUCGGCUCCCCGGCGCGCAGGAACGAGGACGGUCUCGGGGAGCCGGAGGGCAGCGCCUCCCCGGACUCGCCGCCGUCCCGCUGGACCAAGUCCCUGCACUCGCUCCUCGGGGACCAGGACGGCGCGCUGCUCUUCAGGACCUUCCUGGAGCGCGAGAGGAGCGCCGACGCGCUGGACUUCUGGUUCGCCUGCAACGGCUUCCGGCAGAUGGACCUGAAGGAGCCCAAAACGCAGAGGGUCGCCAAGGCCAUCUACAAGCGCUACGUCGAGAGCAGCGGCGUGGUGGCCAAGCAGCUGAAGCCGGCCACCAAGACCUUCAUCCGGGACAGCGUCAAGCGGCAGCACAUCGACUCGGCCAUGUUCGACCAGGCGCAGACGGAGAUCCAGGCCGACAUGGAGGAGAACGCCUACCAGCUCUUUCUGACCUCGGACGUUUACCUGGAGUACGUCCGGACGGGCGGGGAGAGCCCGGGUCACGUGGGGCCGGGCUCCCUGGGCGGCCUCAAAGUGGUCUGUGGAUACCUGCCCACGCUCAACGAGGAGGAGGUGUGGGACUGCGACUUCAAAGCCAAAGCGCUGGUUGGAGCGAGGGGCCAGCGGGUCCCCAUUACGCACAGGGCGGUGGAGAUGAUCGAAAAGGGAUACAGGUCCCACAAGAGAGGAGAGCAGAGCGGCCCCUGCCACGCGGGCUCCUUCGCCCCCGCCAGCAGCACCAACGACAGCGAGGUCUCCAGCGACGCCUUGACUGACGACGCCAUGUCCGUGACCGACGGCAGCGUAGAUGGCAUUCCUCCAUAUAAACUGGGCUCCAAGAAGCAGCUACAGAGAGAGAUGCAGCGAAACAUGAGGAUGAACAGCCAAGUCUCUUUGCCUGCCUUCCCUCGCACCAACCGUCCGCCGAAGGAGAUGGUCCCCCUGGAGCCGGCGCUGUUCGCGGCCCAGCUGAUCGCCCGCCUGGAGAGCUUGAAGAGGAAACAGGACGCCUUCAACUGUCUGGAGGAGCGGCUGCAGCAGAUUCAGGAGGAGGAGGAACGGGACGAUUCGGAGAUCUCCGUGAGUGCUCCCCAGCUCUCCCCGCAUCCCUUAGCCCUCCUGUCCGGCUCCUCCGACGAGGACCCCCAGGCCAUCCUGGACGAGCACCUUUCCCGCGUCCUCAAGACGCCGGGCUGCCAGUCGCCCACCGUCAUCCAGCACUCCCCUCGCUCCAGUUCCCCGGAGAAUCAGCCUUACGCCUGCGCGGGGGUGCGAUCCCACGCGAGAGCCGGGCCGUCCAGCUCCUCCGCCUCGAGUCCGGACCAGGGCGUCUACGCCCUGAACCCGGGCUGCAGCCGGACCCUCGUGAGCAGGCAGAGCACCAAACACAUCCACCACCACUACAUCCACCACCACGCCGGUCCCAAGUCCAAGGAGCAGAUCGAACGGGAGGCGGCGCUCAGGGUGCAAGGCGUCUGCUCCAGCGGCGGCCGGUGCCCGUCCUGCCAGGCGUACCCGCGCAGCCGCAGUCUGGGCCGAGAGAUGUGCGGCGCCGCCUCGACGGAGGGCAGCACGGGGCGCUCCAGCUCCCUGUCGAGACGCGCGUGCCGCUCGGGCUCCGAGGACGGGGUGGCGGACGGCUGCGUCGGCGACUGCGGCGUCUCGCUGCUGCCCACCGACACGGCGGACCCCGCCCAGAACGUGCUGCAGUGGAUCCUGGAGAGCAAGCGGCAGAGCAGGCACAAGUCCCACAGCAACCAGAGCGCCAAGAAGUUCGGAGGCUCGUCGACUCAGACGCACACGUGGGGCGGCGGAGGAAGCUGCGGCCACCUGCGCAGCCACCAGCCAGCCCAGCCCUUCAUCCAGGACCCCGCCAUGCCGCCGCUGCCCCCUCCCAACACCCUGUCCCAGCUGGAGGAGGCCUGCCGCAGGCUGGAGGAGGUGUCCACCAAGCCCCCCAAACCAAGGCAUUCAUUGGCCAGCCUUCAGCGAGAGAAGACCCACCAGGCUACGGUCCACGCGGGGGGGUCAGCCCUCGUCGGCCCCGGCCCCUCUGGCCUGGUCUCCGCCGGCCCAGGUCUCCAGUCAGAAGAGUGUAAGAAGGGCUCCGGAGGCCACGCGGGGUGCAGCGGCGAGACGGUGGUGACCUAUUUCUUCUGCGGCGAGGAGAUCCCUUACCGGAGGACCAUGAAGAGCCACAGCCUCACCUUGGGUCACUUCAAGGAGCAGCUGCGUAAAAAGGGCAACUACAGGUACUACUUCAAGAAAGCCAGCGACGAGUUCGAGUGUGGCGCCGUGUUCGAGGAGGUGUCGGACGACGGCUCCCUGCUGCCCACCUACGAGGGCAAGAUCCUGGGGAAGGUGGAGCGGAUGGACUGACUCCUCGCCGCCGGGCCAUGUGGAAUUACACUCCUGACGGCUUCCUCCCGCCUCCGUGGGCCUCCUCUCGCUAAGAUAAGACUGACGAAGCGAGGAUGGGGGAGGAACCAGCAGAUGGGACGAGAGGAAAAGAGCCAGGGGAGAGGACCGUAGCAGAUACGGAUGUAAGCGGACUGUGAAAGGAGCCGGCUGGGGCGGAGGGGAAACGCGUUUCUAGAGACUCUAGGUGGAACGACUCGUCUGAAACCUGCCUGUGCCGGUCACAAGCACUCGCUAGCACAUUUACUAGUAUGUAUACGCAGAUAUACAUGUACAUUGUAUAGAUAUCUAUUACUAUUUAUCAGAAGUAACCCAGAGACCAGUUGCUGGGAUCCCCCCCCCCCCCUUCAGAGCGAAAGGAAAACUGUUCUUCCUUUUUGUGGCCAAGUCGUGUCGUUUAAAUUUCCUUUUUUUUUUUUUUUUUUUUUUUUUUUUUUUCCUGGACGGUGUGCUGCUGGAGCUUUGACUCCAGAGUUUGAUCACAUAUUUACUGCUGCAGUGCUAUUUGUGGAUGUGUUCCCUGUCUGCUCUGAAGGGCUCCUAUAAGAAGAAGAAGAAGAAGAAGAGGGGGAAAAAAGAACAAGCAAAAAUGCUAUUAAUGUUUAAUUCCCUGCUUUGGGACUCUGCCCAGCAAGCCUUGAUCAGUCACGUCUUUAGUGCCUUUUGUUUCCGUGGCGAAGGCGUCGCACAAACAAGCCUGCAUAUGUAGAGGAAACUGCCCCGGACGGGGUCCUGGAGCCCCCCCCCUUCCCCCCCCAAAAAAACGUGUUUACACCGAUGUUUUCCAACAAGAAGCUCUAGAAUAUGCUCCUCAGUGUGUGUGUGUGUGUGUGUGUUUGUGUGUGUGUGUGUGUGUGUGUGUGUGUGUGUGUGUGUGUGUUCUGCACUGUGAGCUGCAGAUGAAGAUGACGGCGCUUGGUUAUUUCCACUACGUUCAUGCUGUUUUCAUCGAGUGUACAGUAACUGUGCAUACAUGGGUUGUUGCCAUGUUUUUUACCCAGUUUUCAGGGUCGGUUUAUUCCCCUUGGUUUUUACAAGGGACCUUUUAAUGUUUGGAGAGGAAAAAAAACGAAAAACACAACAAAAGUCUAUUUUUUAUUCCUUUUUUAGUAUCCGUCUCAGCACGUCUGUUUUCUGUUCUAUGUUUCAUGGCUCCUCCGGCUCCGCGUUUAAACUGUGUACCUUAUGCGUUCCGUAGAGCUCCGUUUAAAAAAAAAAAAAAAAAAGAUGCCUCGGUACUUUUAAUUAUUGUAAUUAUGAAGAGAUGUAGCCUUUAUUAAAAUGUUCUAUUUUUCAAAUUA